AUUUAUUUCGAAGGCGGCAGUACGAAUGACUCUCCAAAGUGGUAUUCACGCUGACCCAUAUGAAACAUCUAAACUAGCAGAUUGUAAAAGCCUUUCGUAUAGAGCCGUGAAGCUCAUCAUAGAUAAAGAAAAGAUAGUUUUACUUAUGAAAAUACCAUCUAAAGGUUCUUGGGAAGAUGAUUUUGAUGUUGCAAUGGGGAAGCUUUUAGAUGCCAGCUCUCCGUGUUAUGUGUUUUAUCGUCUUGAUUCCGUCAACUCUUUUGGAAGCGACUGGAUUUUUAUAUGUUAUGUUCCUGAAAGUUCUGACGUGCGUCUAAAAACGAUAUAUGCAGCCACUAAAGCAACUGUUCUUAAGCAGUUUGGAGAUAACUUAAUUAAGGAUGAUAUAACAAUAAAUUGUGUGGGUGAAAUGAACUUAAGGGCCUAUAAAAAAAUUAUGGAAAGUAAAACUGCACCUGGACCUUAUACUGAAGCUGAAAUUGAGGUGGCUGGCAUACACACAGGAGAAGUGACCACUGGACUGCAUUCCAGCUAUCAAACAAUCGGUGGUGUUUCAUUCGCGCUUAGUCCUGAUUCUCGCUCUGUGUUAAAGAAUUUUGGUUCGGGAGAGUGUGAUUACGUUCAGUUAGUAAGUUUGGUCAAUGUGUAAAACGUGUUAAGACAGUUAAGAUUGAUCUUCUACAUUCUAGUUGGGAUUUUAAACACUGAAACGAAAUUAUUACAUACUUAACCUAUGGCAUGCAUUACUUGUACUCUGUGAUGAAAAACGUUAUUUUAAGAGUGGUACUUAAGAAAACAGGGACAAUCAAAGUCACACAAGUCGUUUCGUUUAUGCCCAUGUUACCUACGUGCAUGUAAUGAGUCAUAUCACAUCACACGGACAUUUCUAUUUGAACUGAGGUAUUCCGUAUUAGGAUUUGCAUUAAAAACCCAUUCGUUGGUUCUCAACAGAUAGAAUGGACUCGGUGUUCAACAUCUAUCAAUUUGUGUAUGACAAAUAAAACUACAAAACCCUAUAUUUUCUCUGUUAAAUUGUUUAUUAAAUUCAUUUUGUUUAGUUGCUGAUUUUAAACCGUGCUAAUAACUAUGGUGGUAUGUCAUUUUAAUAGAAGUGUACUUCGGUAUAAUUGAUGAUCUGGCGUUUUCUUUGUAUUAUCUCUCAAUUCACGACGUGUAGGUAGUACAUUCUGGUGACUUCUAUUGUAAUUAGUGGAUAAGAAAUACUUCAAAUGAAUAUUCAAGCAAUUAUACUUCCAUAAAAAGUAGAAUAGUUUGUAUUUGGUUUGUUACUAAGCUGAUAGAGGUUUCAUUUUAACUUGGAAUCAUUGUAAGGUUCUAUUCUCUAUGUUUGGUGAUAUUUAGUUGUCUAAUUUCUCAUUCAUUUAAGAAGCAGAAAUGAUAUGCUUUAUCCCGGCCAAUAAAAAGGUAUGGCAAACAAAUUUUAGGAGUAUGAUAAAGUUUUGAUAACAUAAGUUCCUAUACAUGUAAAAGACCAACAAAUGUUUGUCUAUACUGUGUUGCAUUUUAGUAAAUAUUCAUACCAUUCUACCUGUAACUUGAAGCGACAGUGAUGUAUAUUGCAGGGCUCACUUAUCACCUACAUCAGUCAAGCCAUUAACCCUCAAUAUUAUCUGUCAUAAUUAACAUAAAGCAUGGGGUAAGUAAGCAUCAAUUUGAAUCACCUAGGUAACUUGGGAUAUGAGUGGUAUCAAUGACGUUUAAGGAAGGUUAAACAAAGAAUUUAGUUUGGCAAGAAAAGAUAUAAUUCAUUUUUGUUAUUGAUGCUACCUAUACCUUUAGGUCUGCUUUGAAAUUCGAGUACAAUCAUCAUGGGGAAAAUGAAUCGUUGAUACAUAAUACUUACACCUUAACCCGUUGUGGUGUAGUGGAUUAUCUCCAAGAUAAUUCCCAAUGUUUUGUACAUUGAAUGCCCUGAUAACCGUUUUUAAAUUAAUCCCGAUGGUUUAUAUAUUUCAGAAGGCAACACGAAGUGCCGACUACAGUUUGUUAUCGAAUAGUACAGAUCAAUAAACCCCAGGCACGCCAAACAAAAUCGGGCAGAAACGCUAAUAUGAGCAAGCAAAUACAUGGGUAGAUUAAUUGUCGAAUACAGAAUCAAAUGAAAGGCCGAAUAAAUUAAUAAUAUUCAAGUAUAUAUAUAUGGCGAAGUGAAUGACUUAUCGAACGAUUUAGGCAACUAACACUUGAGCUGGAGAUAGGGAUAUGUGCAUAGGCUAUCACAUGUGAUUAAGCAUACGUGUUCAUGCAGACAUGGUAAUAAAAAAACCGAUAUAUAAAAAUUGUUGCUAUUCGAAUAAUUCUGUUAAAUUAGUUGAAAGUGUUGAUAAAAUUGAACGUAAACGAACUUAAGUGUUGGAGAGCUGUUAUAAUGGUAGUAGCUUUGAAUCUCUGUAAAAAGUAGUCCGACGACUUGGUAUUUUGUUGCGUAACCUAUUGUUUGUAAUUUUUGCCAGAAAUGUGAUAUCCUUAGUGAAACUAUCAAAGUUUGUGGGACUCGUGAACAUAUUACGCCAAAACAAAUAGCAGAAAUUUGUCCAGAAAAAGAAGGUCGUUAUCAUCUUUUUCGUUUCCGUUAUAUGCUUGAAGGCGAGGAACAUUCUGCUACCUUUUUUAUUCAUACAAUUUCUGGCAAUCAAAGUCCAAUAAAAAGCCGAAUGUUGUAUUCUAGUUGCAAGGCAGCUUUACUAACUCGGUUGGAGCGUGAAUUUGGAAUAACCUUUGAUCAUAGAUUUGAAAUUGAUGAAAUCGAUGAACUAACUACACAAUAUUUAAUGGAUAUUUUAUAUCCUAAACAAGAAGAAAAACAGUUUAUAUUUCAAAAACCCCAAGGUCCUAUGGGACGCCGUCCUAGAACACAUAUACAUUAAUGUUUACUUUUGGAUUUUGUCAUUCAUAAUUAUAAAAUAUUCUUAUAAUUAUUACUGUUUUAUUGCCUUCUAUUUCAUGAAUUUUAUUGAUUUAUUCACUUCAGAAUAUAUUGAUAUGCAUACUUUUUCGAUUUGAUCAUUAUCCAAUUUUUCAUUCUUAUAUUUCUGUUAAAGAGAAAGUGUAUGAAAGGAUUAAUUUUACUGCUGAAUCUGUACAUCGCAUAUAUACAUAUAUCGGUUUUGUUUCUACUGUACAACCAUAUACAUUUAUGAAAUCGUAUAGAGUGCCCUUAAUGAAAUUGAAUGAUUUCGGUAUAAAAAAAAUUCCUCUACAUAUAUCUCGUCUUAUCAUAUUGCCUUAAUAGAAAUGAGUGAAAUUCUACUCAAUUUUUUUCUUUCCAAUUCAUGUAAUAGUAUUAUCAAUGAACAGUCGAAAAUGUUCACCGAUGCAGUUCCUCAUAUAAUAGAUAUAUAUAUACUUUAUUUUCGUUCCUGAUUAUUUGUUUAGAUACAGCUGUUGUCUUGGCUAUUUUCCUUUUUGUUCUAUUUUUCUUUUAUAAAAACUUCCUGUCUAUCACUUUGUAUAAUGUAACCAUUGAUUUUAUUACAUAUAUAUACAUUAUGUUUAGC